AUGAAGUUCGGUCGCAAUUUGCCCCGAAAUGUCGUGCCCGAGUGGAGUGCCUCUUACAUCCGGUACAAGUCGCUCAAGAAACUCAUCAAGUCGCUGGCGGAGCGUGUGAAGGCGGGUCACGAGGCUGAUCUUGCCGGCUUCUUUUAUUCCCUGGACCGAAACCUGGAAGAUGUGGACCACUUCUAUAAUAAGAAGUCUUCCGAUUUCACCCGGCGCCUGAAGCUGUUGGAAGGCCGCUACGCCCAGAUUCUGCAUGGCGGCCAUUUGGAUGCCGACGAUGAGGUCGAGGAUCUCUUGGCCGCGUUGCUCGAGUUGCGCGCUCAGUUCCGCAAGCUCCAAUGGUACGGCGAGGUCAACCGUCGCGGUUUCAUCAAGAUCACCAAGAAACUCGAUAAGAAGGUGGGUGCCCAGGCCCAGCAGAAAUACCUCGAGACCAAGGUCGAUCCACUCCCGUUUUCUUCCAAUGCCCGUUUGGCGAAAGAGAUGGCCAAACUCAACGGCUGGCUGUCGGCGCUGGGAGAAACCAAGGCCACCCUGGAUGAUGCCAGCUCCACGCGCUCGUCGCUUUCCCUGAAGAGAGGCCCCGCGCGCCCCCAUCUGAAUCUGCCGGCCACCAUGCUGGUCACCGUCGACGAAGCGCUCCGCAAAGAUGACACCCACGUUCUCCUGGAAUUGUUGGAGACCCUCAAAGCCGCCGCCGAUGAGGCCGGCGCGGACAUCUUCCCCAAGGUCCUGCGGAGUCUUUUGCAGCGAUCCAUCUCCUAUCGCUCCAAAUCGUGUAUCUCCGUGCUGCUCGGGCGCGUGGACUCCCUGGACGAAGAGGACGAAGAGGACGAUAUCAACAAGCGCAACUGCAUCCACCGUCUGGUGAUUGCAAUCGGUCGAGCGCAAACGACGGCCGACUCGGAACAGUCCGCCUCCAUGGUCCUUGAUUUCCCCUUGGACAUGUCCAAUUACAUCACUCCGGCCGCCCUUCCCACUUUGCAACCCACGCGUCCCAUGGGGAAAGAAUCCAGUCUCGCCGCGCAGCAUCUGGAUCGCUCCGAUCCUUCCGUCGUCGUCCUCCUCCACCUUCUUGACCAGCUCCGCCCCCACCAGCGGGCCGCGUUGAUGGCCCGCGAUCUUUCCGGCCGGACGCCCCUGCACUAUGCCGCGCAGUACGGAUUCUGCGUGGUGUGUGAAGUGAUCAUCGAGCACCUGCAGGCAUGGGACAUGUUUGAUGUUCACGACGGAAUUGAUGCGCCCCGGUGGCAGGACGCCGAGGGGUGGGCCCCCGUGCACUUGAGUGUCGUCGGGGGCCACCCGUUAACCACCCAGGCUCUUCUGCAGUCAGAAAACUGGCAGGGCCAGCAGCAGCAGGAGGAAAAAGCGCGCGUUCGGAAGCAAGUGUCGCGGUCCAGCGCCGUGCUGGCCCUGGCUACCAAGGCCAAUUUUGUCGACAUUGUUCAGCUGCUGGUGGAUGCGGGAGUCGAUGUCAACUAUCAGGACGAGCAGGGGGAAACCGCUUUGCACGUCGCCGCCCGCUUUGGACAUGAUCAAUGUGCCCGCAUUCUCUUGGCGGGAAACGAGGGCCAGAAAGCCGACCCGGAGCUGGCUGAAAACACCUACGCCUGGACCCCUCUCUUCGUGGCCUGUGUUGACGGAUCCUUGAGCGUCGUUACGUCUCUCAUCGAAGCGGGCGCAAAUCUCGAGCGCUUGGACUCGUCCGGGUGGACAGCCAAGGAGCACGCAGCCCUGAGAGGCCAUCUGGAUAUCGCGCGAUGCCUCGCCAAAGUCACCCCGGCACCUGAAGUCCCCGACGCCGAUCCCAUUAUCCCGGUUCCUCCUCGAUCCGCAUCUCCCUCCUCGCAGUCGUCGCUUCGCGAGAAAAGGUCCACCGGAGGAGGCAGUUCCACCGGGAGUUCAACUCUCCGCAGUUCGGAGCCGGUCAAGUCCUUUGGCCACCGGUACCUCACCGACGAGGCCAUGAUCUUGGUUAGCUUGGGCACCAUGGACAUGAGGAAGCCCACCCCAGCGGUGAACCUCGAUCGAAUCCCCAUGGGAAAUGCUCAUGCCACUCAGCUGGACACUACCCUGUCCAUGGUGGUGUCUGCGAACGGCGCGCACGGUGAGCCGGAAAUCAUCGACCUGCCUGUGCAGGAAAAUAUUUCGACGGAACCGAUUGUUUUCCACGCGGCAGACCCGACCAAGGUGCGGCUGUUGUUUGACUUGGUCCCCACCUAUGCCGGCUCGAAAGAUCAGGUAGUCGGGCGUGGAGUGGCCCUGCUUUCAAGCAUCAAACCAACCUUAGGGUCCCACCGCACCAGCCUGCAAGGCGACUCCACCGUGCCGAUUGUUGCGGCCAAUACCUUGGAAGUGAUCGGUUCAGUCACCUUCAAUUUUCUGGUGAUCACCCCUUUUCAGCACCCCAACAUGUCCAUCACCGGGGACCAGACCUACUGGAAGAGUAUGGCGUCGACUGUGGUCAUCGGUCAUCGUGGUCUGGGCAAGAACCUGGCCAGUCGCAAGUCGCUGCAGUUGGGAGAGAAUACCGUCCAAUCCUUCAUCGCCGCCGCUAAUCUGGGCGCUUCCUACGUUGAAUUCGACAUCCAGCUGACCAAGGACCAUGUCCCGGUCAUCUAUCAUGAUUUCCUUGUCAGCGAAACCGGUAUCGAUGCCCCCGUCCACACCCUAACCCUGGAACAAUUCCUCCAACUCGGAGAAAGAGGCGCCUCUCGACCGCCUCCGUCCCGAUCUCUACACGCCGUUCGCAGUGAUGGAAGCAACCCACCGCGUCCGCGAUCGAUGUCUGUGGGUGGGUCUGACUGUGACCCGGCCGAGAUGAAUGAGAGGAUCAAGCACACCCGUGAUUUCAAAAAGAAGGGCUUCAAGGGUAACAGCCGCGGAAACCAUAUCCAAGCCCCAUUUGCGACGUUGGAAGAGCUUUUCCGCAAGUUGCCGAACUCGGUUGGAUUCAACAUGGAGUUGAAAUACCCCAUGCUCUAUGAGAGUGAAGAAGAGGAAAUGGACACCUACGCUGUGGAGUUGAAUUCCUUCGUAGAUACUGUUCUCAACAAGGUGUACGACUUGGGCCAUGGCCGCAACAUGAUUUUCUCCAGCUUUAAUCCGGAUGUCUGUCUGUUGCUCUCCUUCAAGCAGCCUUCGAUCCCGGUUCUGUUUCUCACGGACUCGGGUUCUUCUCCGGUGGGCGAUAUCCGAGCCAGCAGUCUGCAAGAGGCGAUUCGAUUUGCAUCGCGAUGGAAUCUCCUCGGUGUCGUCACGCAGGCGGAGUGUCUCUGCCUUUGCCCCCGUUUGGUCCGUGUCGUGAAGGAAUCCGGUCUAGUUUGCGUGUCGUACGGUGCAAUAAACAAUGAUCCUCCCAAAGUCAAGCUCCAAGCUGCCGAAGGAAUUGACGCAGUCAUUGUGGACUCUGUACUCGCUAUCCGCAAGGGCCUAACCGAGCACGAAAGCAGAGGUGGUCUGACCCCCAGACUUACCCCCCAUGCCAGUCCGCUCGCUCAGCCCACUGCAUCUGCAAUCAUCAAGGAGGCCUUUGAAAUCCCGAUUCUCGGCCGGACGGAGCAGAAGGACGACAAUCUCUACGUCCCAACGGAGUCCAUCCUUUGAUUUUCGGAUCUAUUACCCCCAUAUUACAUAAAGACCAAGAUCCAGACAUUCCUUGCUUGAUCCAGGAUGUGCAUGUUAUGUUGAUUGUGAUAAGAGAUGGGCUGGUUUCAAACCACUUCUGUGGCUCAUAUUACUUGCUCACUUGUAGGG